CAGGAAGAUGAGUUUUGCUCGUGACUCACAGUUUUCGGACGUUUUUCUGUGGAAAGUCUGCUAGAAAUCCGGAGCUGCUGGGAAACCACUCACUGCUGUUGCGUCAAAUCUGAAUCUCUUUCAUUCUGCGACUGGUGGGAGUCUGGUUUGUUUCAGUGUAUUUAACUUUUUCUCAAGCGUCGGGAUUUCAACGGUCGUUACUUGUACAGUUGAAGCCUGAACUAUGGAUCUGGAUGGUGCGCUCGGGGCCCUCCUUCUCCUACUGAUAAGCGGGGCUUCUGUCGGGACCCGUGAGUACUCAAACCUCAUUUAAAGACAGAUUUUACUGACUUAAGUUUAUUUGACACUUUUGAACUGUUUUUUUUGUUUUCUGUUAUGCCAAUAUUGAACAUAAAAAAGAAGUUCAAACUCAUGACAAUCAAAGUCUGCAUUAUUAAUGGGUACGAGUAGUGAAAAUGUGUAAUUUAAGCCUCUUUUAUUGGUUAAUUAUGUGAAAAUAAAUAAAACACUAGUUUUAGAUAAAUGUAAGAAACGAGAGGUGAGGGCACAGAACAUGUGACUAGACAAUAUUAUCAGAUAUCCCAAGGAAACUGGGUGAUCUUAAUAGUCUGUCAAACCAGUUAAACCAAUUUAACGAAUCAAUGAAACUCUAAAAUACAAUCUAUCAAUGCAAACACUUCAGUAUCCUAAAACAAAGUUAUUAUUGUUGUUGUGAUUAUUAUUAUUAUUGUUAUGGAAACAAAAACUUAGUGUUCUUGAGGCUCUUCACAGAGAUUUGUCAGUGGUGUCAAGAUCAAAAAGUGGCCGGUGGCUGAUUAUACAGGCUUUUCAAUCAAACAAUUAAUCAGUCUUUGUUUAUAUAGCACUUUUCAUACACAACCAUGUAGCACAAAGUGCUUUAAACAGAAAAAGGAAUAAAAGAAACAAAGAAUACCCAAAUCUUCCCCAACCCAACCCUCAUUCCCACCCCACUAUCUAAAUGCAUCGGAAAAAGUAUUAAAGUAGAUAAACUUAAAAAUACCUUGAUUUCGAGGAAACAGGAGUGGCUUUUUAGUCUGUGAGACUUUUGAAUGUUUCAUGAUGGCAGGAUGAGAUUAUUGUUUGAUCUGAAAACUACCCGCACAUAUAGAGAACAACAUCAGCAAAGCAUUGAGAAGCAUCACUUUGUAUGCUGGGCACGCCAAAACAACAAAUGCCAAGUGAUUCAUGUGACUCUUUGAUUUGUAUGUUCAGGAUAAUUAGACAUGCAGGUUUAAAGACACUGAUUUAAGUUUUGUCACAUCCAGACACUUAAACGACUGUGUUUUUUGCACAUAUUUCUCUCUCAUUUCAUCAUAUUGUGUUUGAGGAGGGUCCCUGUUUCUUUCCUGGAAAUUGUACUGUAUGUGUAAUCUGGUUCCUGAGUGGAUAUGAGUAAAAGUCCUAAAAUAGAAACAGUUUCUGUUCCAACUCCCAUACUGAGACAAACACCAUGUCUCUUCUUCUUUCCCUAUACCUUAAGGAACAUAAAGCCAGUCCUCUUCUGUGUCAUGUGUACCCUGAAAAUGUCUGAAUAAUUUAUCACACUCUGAUGGCAAAUGUGGAGAUGUUUGCUGACUUUAUUGUAAAGAAAAGAGGGAAGUUUUUGGAUUGGGUAAUGAUUUAACUGCCGAGUAAUUCAAGGUAAUUCAAUUCCAGGCAGUGACAAAUGACCAUGAUUUGCUCUUAAUUCAGGAAGAACCAACUCUAGCCAAACUCCUAGACAUCAGUGUAGCAUUUGACCUAAACUUUGUGGUGAAAAUGUGGGCGUUAAGUUCAGCUUGAGUUUUUAUUUAAGCUACUUGAAUCCAUGGUAUUAAAGUUUCCACUGUAAGGGCACCCAGUGGGGCCAUAAACAGUGUUUUUAAUCUGCAGUUCAAAGCAAAGGUAUGGUACACAGUUGUCUCCACUUGAACAGGUACCAAAGGGAGCCCUGGAUCACAUUUUCACCACUAAAGACACCUUCCACUGCAACAAAUAGUCAUUUUUAACAGUGGUGUGUCAUAAGGAGCUCUGGGGGGUGUUCAUUUGACAGAAGGAGAACCAAAUAUAAAAGUGGACCAUAUUUGCUCCACUAGAGGUUUCCCAUUUAAAGUGCACAUGUUAAGGGGACCUGUUGUGCCAUUGUGAGGGAUCUUUGAGGGCCCUAGAUACAAGUAGGGUUUUCUUUUACCUGAAGAGUGCCAUCGAGCAUCUUGUGUUGUUUCCUAUACAAGUUGGGUGUCAAAUAAGGUUUUGCAGCACAUUUAACAGCUAAAAGUGCCCCUUAGAUGGGUCCUUACUCAGCUGAGGAGGACAACUGAAAGCUGUAGGAAGUCUUACAGGCUUGAAGGAAAGCCUGGAGAUGUUGUUUCUUUUAUCAUUCUUGGUCCUGAGAUGUGGGUCAGCUUUACUUUGUCACAAACCUUCAAAUCAAGAAACUACCCCCCAAACUUUGAUGACACCUUGUAGUAGACAGCUUGUUGUACCGCAGUGGAACUUUAAAUCUGUAAUCCUUAGUACAAGGGGGGUUUGAUGAUGCUGAUUUCUGCCUCUCACAAGAUUGAAAUCAGGUGAUCACAGAGAUUAAAAAUGGCACUGAAGAAUAGGAGCUCACUCAGGUGGAAUGCUGCAGAGCAACCACAGAGCCUCUCGGAACUCCAUGUUGAGUUUCCUUAUUGCCUUCAGACCUUUCACCACAGUGCUGUUAUCAUGCUGUACAAAGGGUGAAGCAUUAAAGCAGCAUUACAGUCCUGCCCAAAGCAUGUACCACUCCACUCCCUGGUUCACACUUGAUGAUGGUUAAUAUGUCAUCUUAAUGCCUCGUUCAGCCCUGCCAGGGUGCAAAGUUGAUAUUACUUGAUGCACAGAAAAAUAAGUGAACACGUGUCAUUCAUUGUUGAAUUUUUUUCCUUUUAUCAAUUUUUAAUCGGUCCCUUGUUUUUCAAUUUCUGCAGUUCUGCCUCCAACAGACGUGACAGUGAGCUGUGAUAAUUUAAAUGUCACCGCCCGCUGGAAAUACAGGGAGCAGCAUCCAAACACCAGGUUCAGGGUGCACAUCCUGAGUGAUAAUGGGUAAGAAACAACACACAUAACCUGAAGUAUGGAAAUAUGUACAUCUUUAAAUGAUUUGAAUUGAUCAAUUGUGAGGCAGUGGAGAAUAAACACUGAUAAGACGCAAUAUGAUAAGAUUCAACACAAUUAGAGGUAGACGGCUUUUUAUUUUGAAAAUGCAGUCUGUCUCAGUCACCAGGUUAUAUGAGAAAAGGUUUGACUGACUCCUUUUCUGUUUUUGUCUGAUUUUUCAGUACAUUUGAAACCACUGACCAGCACUUUGAUCUAAGUCCUUUCGUCUGGAAAUCUGAAGAGAGCUACAUGCAAGUCUAUUACAUCACUGUCACAGCCAUACUGGGAAGAAACCAGUCCGAACCAGCUGAGUCCAACACAUUGACCUUUAACGAUUUGAGACUGAGUCAUUUAAAAUGUGUGUAAACAAAAAUCAUUUAAAAGAGUUUUAACUGUAAGAAGUCUGUACAGUAGGACUCAAAUCUGAACUCCUCUCCUCAGGUAUGUUAGCUUUUCCUCCAGUGGAGGUGAAAAAGGAUGGCUCAGACGGUGCCAUGGUGACUUUCAGGAACCCUUUCCACUACUACAAAGACCUGCAGCGAGCCACCAAAUCAAAAUCUGCUUACUUCAAAUUCACCGUCACCACUGCAAAUGAUGCAAGUACCAUCAUGUUGACCUUAUUAAACAUAUAGACACUCUGUAUUUAGAGGAUUUGUGUAGUUAAACAACAUCUCAAACAGGUCUGGUUUUAUUUGCUGGAUUUUUACCAAAACAGGUUAAGUUUGAACACAGAGGGUUUUUUGGUUAGGGUUAGGUUAGUCAAGGUCCCAGGUGUGCUCAGGUGAUCAGAUUGGGUCUGGGUCUGAAGCGGUUUCUCAGUAUAAUGGGCUGUAUGUUUGUAUGAUGACAUUUACUGGGCUAGCAGGAGACCAACAAAUGCAAAUUUUAGGAAUCUUCUAUCUUUCUGGAUCAUCUGGGGAAUGUGAACUUGUGUGAAUUUAGGGUGGCCACUUAAACUGCACUCAGAUUUCAUCUUGUUUCCGCCCCUGUUAAGAUUUCUGUCCCCAAACAGAACAGUCAGAUGCUUCGUCUCUUUUAGUCUAAAUAUUGCUGAAUAUGUAAAUGAUUUAAACUUUCUUUCCUCCUCGACUCUCAGAAAAGCUUUGAGAGCAACUGUCUGGUGGAUCAGGAAAACUGCACGGAGAAGAUUUCUUUCACUGAGGGCGAAGAUCAGUGCGUCACACUGAGGGGAAAGCUAUACGAUGGAAAGGAUUUUCGAUACAUGGUGGUCAAUGAGACGGGACCCAUCUGUGUUGACACCUCUGCAGGUACGUCUGAGCCGGAAAUGCACUCAGAGACUCAGAGAAUGCAGCAUGUUAUAAUGAUGUGUCCGACAUGAAUAUAACCUUUACACUGUUUCCCUUAAAGCCCCCAGACUCCAUUCACAAAGAUGAUCAGUUUAGACGGCAGGUCAUGAUCCUAACCUGACUUUCCUGUCUGAAUUCAUCAGUUUGUCUGUGUCGUUGUGGACACUGUGAGAGACUGUGUGAGCAACAGUUUCAGAAUAAUGUUGCUGAGUGUCAAAUGUGAAACAAUGAGUGAUUUUUUUUCAUCUACAGAACAUAAUAUCAUUAAAAGAAUCUGUAGAAUUCUCUGUACAGAAGGGACAAAGACAAAAACCAAGACUAGAUGGUCCUGAUCUUUAGGCUCUUAGGCAGCACUGCAUUAAAAAUCAGACAGGACUGUGGAGUGGAAAUCACUGAAUGAAACUUCUGAUCACUUUGAGAACCUGUUGUCAAUGAACACAGUCACAGCAUCUACGAAUACAGGUUAAAACUGAACCACUAAAACUGGUUCUGGUGCAGCCUGUUUUUUUAUGGCCAUAAAUCUGCUUAUUUAGUUCUUUGAAUGUAAUUCUGAUGAAGACUCUCUGUAAUGUAUCACUUUCUGUAUCCCAGAUCUCUAUGUGGUGUUUUUUGCACUGCUGUUGGUGGUCUUCGUCGCUGGCAUUGUGAUUACAGUCGCGGUCUGUUUAACAAAGUCCUGGACAAUGAAGAGGGAAAAACCCACUCUGCCGAAAGCUUUGGUAAGGGGACAGAAGGUUUUAACUAUCAAAUAAUUCCUGUUUUUCUUCUUCGGUUGGUUCUGAACACUUUUUUCUGUCUGCAGGAGCCGUCUAUGGGCAGCAGGAAGCUGUAUUUUCCUGAGCAGAAGGAGGACUGCUGUAAUGUCACGCUGAUAACUGAAGACACCUGCAGAAGCCCCUCAGUCACCUCUGAGGAGGAUGACCUGCAGGACAGGAGAGAGAGGAGGGAUACAGGAGACACCACAGGCAGAUCUGAAGCCUGCGAUAACUGCGGCUAUGGAGAAGGGGGACUUUUAGAGACCAGCGGCACCGACAAUGACUCUGUGAACGACUCCGUGAAAACAGAGAGUUUUACGAUGGAUUCGGAGGAAGAGAGAGAAGAGAAAAAGGAGAAGAAAGAAGAAGAACAGGAGAAGGGAGACUGUUUUUUUGAGGGGGAGGAUAAAGAGGAGGAUGUGGAGGAAAAGAUAUCACCCUACGACUGCCCACACAAUCUGUCUUUCGACAAAAGAUGAAAGGAGUGGGUUUUUUGGAUGAAAACUUUGCUGUGGGACGGUUUUAACUGAGUUGAUCCAGCACCACUUGGGCAUGUUGUUGUGUCCUGGAAACCAAGAUGCUCAAAUAAUUUGCACAAGAGACUUCUGAGAGAAGUUUGGAGCAAUUUUAUACCAUGUGUUUGCUUUUUAAACAUUUUUUGCUGUAAAAGUGCAACAAUCAUAUAAAUUUCCCUCCUUGAAAACUGAUUUCCAGGACAGUAGCUUUUAACAGCUUUUACAGCAGAGGAACAAGGAACACAGACCUGUCAGCGACGGACCUGUCUUUAAUGAACAGUUUUUUGUAAAUAGAUUUAAAGGAUGUUGUUGAUUUGCCUUGUCACAGUUUUCAGGGAAAAAAUCAGCUUCAUCAAACAAAAAACACAGCUUAGAGGAAACUGAAGCUGUGGUUUGACCUCAGGAGAAAAAAACAAAACUGUGAUCUUCCAGUCACCUGUUUACUGUCCGGCCUCAGGUGAAGCUGCUCUGCUCCAGUAUUUAUUCAGGAGCAUCUGUGCAGGUUGUCCUUCGAAAAACAGCGACUUCAGGGUAUAAAAGCAUGAUUUUUAACCCCAGAAAAAAGGUGAAGGAAAUGUAUUAUCGUCCCUUUUGUCAGCUGAAAUGGGGGUUGGUAUGCUUGGCUGUGAAUUUAUGUUUCUGUCAGAAAUUUUUGAAGGAUGGUUUAUCACAGUGAGAAAGGUAUUUUUACCAGGCUGUGUGCUGAAACCUGUUUUUGUAUUUGUGUCGGUAAGCCUAAUUCUCUAUUUUCUAUCUUUGAAAGCAUUUGUGUUUGUAUAUUUUUCUGGGUACGGUUGGACAAAUACAAACUACAAAAUCUCA